UCGAUUAUUCACGUCUAACACUGUAUCAAUGGACGCCGUCGACUUGUUUAGAAAGCUUGGGUCUGGAGCAAAGUUUGAUCUGAAAAGGUUUGCUAAAGAUGCAGAGAGGUUUAAGGUAGUGAAGUCUCAGAGCAAGUACAGCUCACAACAGCUGGCUGAAACCAGCUUUUUUGGCACAGAGACACAAGAGAACGCUUCUCUGGAGUCCAGACUUAGUGAAGAUGAUGGUGAAGAAGGGAAAGAAGGGAGUGAUGAAGAGCAGGCCUCUGGUAAACGGAAACGUACUGAAGUGGAUGAGCCAGUGAAGGCUGCACGGAAGAAAAAGAAAGGAGCUAAGAGAAAAUCUGAAGACACAGAACCUGAAAAGAGUGCGGAAGAGGGGAUCCAGUGGAUGUCAUCGCAAGACACUGCGAAAGACACCAAGAAAGAGUCUAAAGACAAGCUCUCUUUGAAAAGACUAAAGCAGCUUCAUCAGGAGAAGGUGAAUCGGGUACGUAACCAGAACCGGAUUAACGUGCACGGGACAGACAUUCCAGAUCCCGUUUCCACUUUUGAGGAGCUGCAGAAGGAGUAUGAUCUGGACCCACGAGUCAUUCAAAACAUCAAGACAGCGGGUUUCCAAACCCCCACACCCAUUCAGAUGCAGGCCAUUCCCCUCAUGAUGCAUAAAAGGGAGAUCCUGGCAUGUGCUCCUACUGGCUCUGGUAAGACUAUGGCCUUCUGUCUGCCCCUGCUGGCCCACCUUCGCCAGCCCCUCAACAAGGGUUUCAGAGCCCUCAUCAUCUCCCCCACCAGAGAGCUGGCCACUCAGACUCACAGAGAGUUGCUCAAACUGUCAGAAGGAGUGGGCUUCAGAGUUCACAUGAUCAAUAAAGGAGUUGAUGCUGUAAAAAAAUAUGGGCCCAAGUCAGCUAAGAAAUUUGACAUAUUGGUGACGACCCCUAACAGAUUGAUAUAUUUAUUAAAUCAAGACCCUCCUGCGAUCAACUUAAGUUGUGUGGAGUGGCUGGUGGUGGAUGAGUCUGAUAAGCUCUUUGAGGAUGGGAAGAGGGGUUUCAGAGAGCAGCUUGCCACCAUCUUCUUGGCCUGCUCUUCUCCCAAAAUAUGCCGGGUUCUCUUCAGCGCAACCUUUGCCACAGACGUAGAGAAAUGGUGCAAACUCAACCUAGACAACCUCGUGUCUGUCAACAUUGGACCCAGAAACUCUGCAGUUGAUACUGUGGAGCAGCAGCUGCUGUUUGUGGGUUCAGAAAAUGGAAAGCUACUUGCCAUGAGAAACCUUAUAAAGCAGGGUUUUUUGCCGCCAGUGUUGAUCUUUGUUCAGUCUAUUGACCGUGCCCGAGAGCUCUUCCAUGAGCUGGUGUACGAGGGGAUAAACGUGGACGUGAUCCAUGCGGAUCGUACACAACAGCAGAGGGACAAUGUUGUGAGCAGUUUCCGUUCGGGGAAGAUCUGGGUGCUGAUCUGCACGGCUCUGCUGGCUCGUGGAAUCGACUUCAAGGGCAUCAACCUGGUUGUCAACUACGACUUUCCUACCACUGCUGUGGACUACAUCCACCGGAUCGGGCGAACAGGAAGAGCUGGACACAAAGGAAAGGCAAUAACUUUCUUCACAGAGGAUGACAAGCCUCUCCUUCGCAGCAUUGCUACUGUCAUAAAGAAGGCUGGAUGUCCUGUCCCUGACUACAUGAUCGGGUUGAAGAAAAUCAAACGCAAAUUGAAACGUCAGCUCGUGACAAAACCACCCAGACGGUCAACUAUUCGCACAACGCCUCGCAUGCUCUUUGAGAAAAAGAUCGGCAAGGGAAAAAGGAAAAAAAGAAAAGCUGCAGACAAAGAAGCUGAAGCAAAAGGCGAACCAUCAGAAGUUGUUUCUAACAGCUGAUGUGGCACACCGUACAGACUGCUCAUUUUUUUCUAUCCAUCUUAUUGUCUUUAAUAAAAUGAAUGCUUACCAGUGUG